UCAAUACACACACUCUUUUUUUUUUUUUUCUUUUUCUUUAUAUAUAAGUUCUUCUAAGGAAACAAGUCAUAUAUGGGGAUGAUGGACAUUAUCAAGUGUGGCAAGAACUCGAAUGAAGGCUACGGAGACGAACCCGAGUUGAUGAAUAAGGUGAUCACAGGGACAGUUGUGUUAAUGAAGAAAAAUUUUCUUGAUCUUAAUGAUUUUGGUGCUUCCUUUGUUGAUCGUGUUUAUGAUUUCUUUGGCAAACGUGUCUCUAUUCAACUCAUAAGUUCUACUCAUUGUGAUCCGUCAAAUGGAAUGAAUGGGAAAGUUGGAAAGGAAGCAUAUAUCGAAGAUUGGGUGACGAAGAAGACACCCAUGGCUGCAGGAGAAGCCAAUUUCUCGGUGACAUUCGAUUGGAAAGAAUCAAUGGGAAUGCCUGGUGCAUUGAUGAUAAAAAACCAUCACCAUAGUCAGUUUUACCUCAAGACGGUAACAUUAGAGAAUGUUCCGGGUCAUGGAGCCAUCCAUUUUGUUUGCAAUUCAUGGGUCUACCCGACAUAUCGUUACAACUACAACCGUAUUUUCUUUGCUAACAAGUCAUAUUUACCAUCUUCAACACCCGAACCAUUGCGACACUAUAGAGAGCAAGAACUUAUCAAUCUUAGAGGAACGGGUUCAGGAAUGCUCAAGGAAUGGGACAGGGUUUAUGACUAUGAUUACUAUAAUGAUUUGGGUCUCCCGGAUAAGGGACCAGCCAAAGCCCGACCUGUUCUUGGUGGAAACCCGGAGUACCCAUACCCAAGAAGAGGAAGAACUGGCCGAAAACCAACAAAAAAAGAUCCAAAGAGCGAAAGCAGAUUGUUCCUUCUAAGUCUAAAAAUUUAUGUACCCCGUGAUGAACGUUUCACACAUAUCAAGUUCUCGGAUUUCUUAGGUUAUGCAGCCAAAUCCAUAGGCCAAGUGGUUCGUCCUGAGGUUAAGGCCAUAUUUGAUAAAACCUUUAAUGAGUUUGAUUCGUUUGAAGACGUGUUGAAGCUUUACCAAGGUGGGAUUAAGCUCCCAAAACGCACAAUUGGCAAGAUUAGGAAACGUGUUCAUUUGGAGUUGAUCAAAGAACUUUUACGUUUUGAUGGCGAGCAACCUCUUGCAUUUCCAAUGCCAGAUGUUAUCAAAGAGAACAACACAGCUUGGAGAACAGAUGAAGAAUUUGGAAGAGAAAUGCUUGCCGGAGUUAACCCUGUGGUCAUUCGUCGACUUGAAGAGUUUCCUCCAGCUAGCAAGCUAGAGCUGGCAGAGUAUGGCAAUCAAAUGAGCACAUUAACAAAACAAGACCUAGAACCAAACAUGAAUGGACUAACCGUAGAACAGGCUUUGGACAAUAAAAAACUGUUCAUCCUGGAUCAUCACGAUGCAUUGAUGCCGUAUCUAAAAAGAAUCAACACUACAGCUUCAAAGAUAUAUGCAACCCGAACAGUUCUCUUGCUACAAGAUGAUGGCACACUUAAGCCACUAGCUAUCGAGUUAAGCUUGCCAAACGAUAAGCCGGACAGCAAGGGUUGCACCAGCGAGGUCUAUACUCCUUGUGAGGAUGGCGUUGAAGGCACCAUAUGGCAGUUAGCCAAAGCUUAUGCUGCAGUCAAUGACUCUGGAUAUCAUCAACUUAUUAGCCACUGGCUGAACACUCAUGCAGUGAUAGAACCAUUUAUUAUAGCUACAAAUCGACAACUAAGUGUGCUUCAUCCGAUACACAAGCUACUAAAACCACAUUUUCGUGAUACAAUGAACAUAAAUGCUUUAGCUAGACAGAUACUAAUCAAUGCUGGGGGUGUACUUGAGAUGACCGUGUUUCCAGCUAAGUACUCCAUGGAAAUGUCUGCUUUUAUCUAUAAGAAUUGGGUCUUCACCGAGCAGGCUCUGCCUGCUGAUCUACUAAAGAGGGGUGUAGCUGUCAAGGAUGCAAGCCAACCCCAUGGGCUAAAACUGCUCAUAGAAGACUACCCAUAUGCAGUUGAUGGGCUAGAGAUUUGGUCAGCAAUUCAAACAUGGGUUAACGACUAUUGUUGUGUAUAUUAUGACUCUGAUGAAACGGUUAAAGUUGAUUCUGAACUCCAAUCAUGGUGGAUGGAGUUAAGAACCGAGGGCCAUGGUGACAAGAAAGACGAGCCAUGGUGGCCUAAAAUGCAAACACGAGCUGAGCUAAUUGACUCAUGCACCACCAUCAUAUGGAUCGCAUCAGCUCUCCAUGCAGCAGUAAAUUUUGGCCAAUACCCUUAUGCGGGAUACCUCCCUAACCGCCCAACUGUGAGCCGUAGGUUCAUGCCAAAGCCAAAUACACCGGAAUAUGCUGAGCUAGAGUCGGACCCUGAAAAGGGAUUUUUGAAAACAAUCACGAGCCAGUUCCAAACAUUAAUAGGAGUUUCUUUGAUAGAGGUUUUGUCUAGACAUUCAACAGAUGAGAUUUAUCUUGGACAAAGUGAAUCUCCGUAUUGGACGUCAGAUGGUACAGCAUUAGAGGCUUUCAAGAGCUUUGGAAAGAGGCUUGAGGAGAUUGAGACUAGGAUAAUGAAUAGAAACAACGACGAGCGUUUGAAGAACAGAGUUGGACCAGUUAAGGUUGCAUACACCUUGCUUUAUCCAAACACUUCUGACUAUAGUCGUGAGGGUGGACUUACAGGCAAGGGGAUUCCCAAUAGCAUAUCGAUUUGAAAAGAUUAAGAUUGGU